AUGAGUAAGACUCCAAUUCCUUCCGAAUACGACGACACCAGGAUUUUGGGAUACGAUCCAUUAAUAUCGCCUGCACUUUUGCAGCACGAAAUCAGAGCUAGCGCAGAGUCAUUGGAUGUGGUGAUUAGAGGCCGUUACGAGUCGGGCCAGAUCCUCAAGGGUAAAGAUGACCGUUGUUUAGUCAUUGUUGGCCCAUGUUCGAUUCACGAUACCAAAGCCGCUUUGGAAUACGCUUCUCGUUUAAAGAAGCUUAGUGAGGAGUUGAAAGAUGAUUUGUGUAUUGUUAUGAGAGCAUAUUUGGAGAAGCCUAGAACAACUGUUGGCUGGAAAGGUUUGAUUAAUGACCCCGAUGUGGACAAUUCAUUUGACAUCAACCGUGGAUUAAGAAUUUCCCGUCAGUUGUAUUCAGACUUGACCCUGUUGGGUUUACCUAUUGGAUCCGAGAUGUUGGACACUAUUUCACCACAAUACUUUUCAGAUUUCCUUAGUUUCGGUGCUAUUGGUGCCAGAACCACUGAGUCGCAGUUGCACAGAGAGUUGGCAUCUGGUUUGUCAUUCCCUAUUGGAUUCAAAAAUGGUACCGAUGGUGGUUUAACCGUUGCAUUGGAUGCAGUGCAAGCAGCAUCGAAAGGUCACCAUUUCAUGGGUGUGACAAAGAAUGGUACUGCAGCCAUUACCACUACAAGGGGUAAUGAUGCAUGCUUUAUUAUCUUGAGAGGUGGUAAAAAGAUUACAAACUACGACGUGGAGUCAGUUAAAGCUGCCAAGGAGGCAAUCAGCAAGUCGACUGAUCCAAACAUCAAGCUCAUGGUUGAUUGCUCGCAUGAUAACUCACAAAAGGAUUAUAGGAAUCAGCCGAAGGUGUUGAAUGAAGUUGCUGAGCAGAUCAGUAAUGGUGAAGAUGCUAUCAUUGGUGUGAUGAUUGAAAGUCAUUUGAAUGAAGGUAAACAGUCGAUGCCACCAGCUGGCCAAAACAAGGAGGUUUUGAAAUACGGAGUCUCAAUCACAGAUGGAUGUGUUGGCUGGGACACUACAGUUGAGUUGUUGACUAAAUUGAGUCAAGCUGUGCAAGCAAGAAGACGUUUGAAGAAGCAAAAGGUUUGA